GUCCUUGAAAACCACAUGCGCCUCUCCGCUCUGCUCUGAGCGGUGCCAAAGCUCGGAGAUGCUCGGACAGAGAAGACAGCCAAGAUGCCCGCUGUUUUGACUGUCACACGCUGAUAGCUUUGCCACUCUGCGCCUGGGACACCCCGGAAACGACCAUGGGUUAGAGGAAAGAUGGCAAACUUUGACACACUUUGUCUGUAUCGGGAAAUGUGCGCUCUCCCGCGGAAAGCCGUGCUGCCGAGCGGGUGACACAGACUUUACCGACACCUUUUCGCCUGAUUAAUCCCGGUUUGUGACACGUUGAUCGGACUCUGGAGAGAUGUUCACGGAGCUGGCGUGUACCGCUGUGGCUGUGGGUCUCUACGUAAACACGCUGGAUGCGGAUUUCUGCUACGAUGACAGUCGUGCCAUCAAGACCAACCAGGACCUCCUGCCUGAAACUCCAUGGACCAACAUUCUUUACGACGACUUCUGGGGCACCCUGCUCACCCACAGCGGUAGUCACAAGUCCUUCCGACCGCUCUGCACCCUGUCAUUCCGCCUUAACCACGCCCUCCAUGGCCUGCGUCCAUCGGGCUACCACCUGCUCAAUGUCCUGCUGCACGCUCUGGUGACUGGCCUCUUCACGGUCAUCAGUCGCACUCUUCUUGGUUCCUGGUGUCUUUUGGCUGGACUCCUGUUCGCCUCUCACCCCAUUCACACUGAAGCAGUAGCAGGUGUGGUGGGGAGGGCAGACGUGGGUGCUGCCUUGUUUUUCUUGCUGUCUCUCCUCUGUUACAUGAAGCACUGCAGACUCCGUGAGGGACCACACAGGGGCCAUGGCAGGAGUUCGGUGACCCACUGUUGGGGCUGGCUCCUGGGGAGUCUCUGGUGUGCGGCGGGCAGUAUGUUAUGGAAAGAGCAGGGUGUUACGGUGCUGGCUGUGUCCGCCAUCUAUGACCUGUUUGUAUUCCAACGGCUGCGCUGUCGACAAGUACUUCAAUGCCUGCUUGGAAAGAAGAGAAAUACUGCUGAAUUACUGAGUUUUGGUGCUUUGGUGUUGUGGGGAAUACUGUUGCUGUCGGCGCGCCUUUACUGGAUGGGAAACAAACCUCCAAACUUCUCCAACUCUGACAACCCUGCAGCAGACUCGCCGCACCUCCUCACUCGGACCCUCACUUUCUUCUACCUACCUGCAGCAAAUGCCUGGCUCCUGCUCUGCCCGGGAAAGCUCAGUUUUGAUUGGUCGAUGGAUGCUGUGCCCUUGAUCAAGUCCUUAGCUGAUUGGAGGAACCUUCACACUGGUGCCUUCUAUAGCGGAUUGUUUGUUCUUGCUUUGUUUGGGCUCCGUGGGCCAAAAUACAACAUUAAAGAGAGCAAUGGAAAAGCGCACGUCGUGAAUGGGAAGUCAAAUGGUUAUCAUGCUCCCGACACAAACCAUAACAUUAACUCAGCAGAGGGGCCUCCAAAUGUAAUCAUGAAUGGAUCAACUGGGCUACACCAUUGCCCAAGAAGGACAUCUCUGCCCAGCACUGAGACUAUUGUUAUCUUUUCAAUAGCCAUAAUUUCUUUAUCAUUCCUUCCAGCCACCAACCUCUUCUUCUAUGUGGGAUUUGUCAUAGCAGAGAGGGUACUAUACAUUCCCAGUAUAGGAUUUUGCUUACUCGUUGCAGCAGGAGCAAGAACCUUAUACAUCAAAUUGAGGACUAAAGGCAGCAAGGUCUUGAUUAUUUGCCUGUGCUCAACACUAGUGCUACUGAAUGGACUGAGAACUGUGCAGAGAAACAGGGACUGGAGCAGUGAGGAGAGUCUCUACAGGUCUGGGAUCAGUGUUAAUCCUGCAAAAGCCUGGGGAAACUUGGGAAAUGUACUGAAGAACCAGGGCAAGAUUGUGGAGGCGGAGAGAGCAUAUAGAAAUGCUCUACACUACAGAGGCAACAUGGCGGACAUGCUGUACAACCUGGGUUUGCUACUGCAGGAAAAUGAGCGUUUCAAUGAAGCACUACAUUAUUACAAACUGGCCAUAGCAAGUCGACCUACACUAGCAUCUGCCUACCUGAACACAGGAAUCAUUCUGAUGAACCAGGGAAACCAGGAGGAAGCCAAACUCACCUUUCUUACUUGUGCCGAAAUCCCUGAUGAAAACUUGAAGGACCCUCAUGCUCACAAGAGCUCUGUCACCAGCUGCCUGUAUAACCUGGGCAAACUACUGCACGAACAGGGACAGCAAGAGGAGGCUCUCUCUGUUUACAAAGAGGCAGUGCAGAAAAUGCCCAGACAGUUUGCACCACACAGCCUUUUCAAUAUGAUGGGAGAAGCAUACAUGAGGCUGAACAGACUCGAGGAAGCAGGUCACUGGUACAGAGAGUCCCUCCGAGCCAAACCAGACCAUAUCCCAGCCCACCUCACUUAUGGAAAACUCCUAUCCAUCACAGGACAGAAGGCAGAAGCAGAGAAGUACUACCUGAGAGCUAUUCAACUUGAUCCAACUAAAGGAAACUGCUAUAUGCACUAUGGUCAGUUCUUGUUGGAGCAGUCUCGUCUCACCGAAGCAGCAGAGAUGGCAGAAAGAGCUGCACAACUGGACAACUCAGAGUUUGAUGUGGUCUUCAGCGCUGCCCACAUGCUCAGGCAGGCCAACCUGAAUGAAGCAGCAGAGCGGCAGUAUGAGCACGCCGCUGGCCUCAGACCAGAUUAUCCAGCUGCUCUGAUGAACCUCGGUGCCAUGCUUCACCUGAACGGGAAGCUCGCUGAAGCUGAGGCCAACUACCUGCGUGCCCUCCAACUCAAACCAGAUGAUGUAAUCACUCAGUCAAACCUGCGCAAGCUCUGGAACAUCAUGGACAAACAGGGACUGAGGACCAGGCAGACUAACGGCAUUUGAGGGGGACAAUGUCUGUAAAAAAAAGCCUCACUAGUACGAAAUAAGCUGAGGCCAGUGAAGCGGAGUGAAUGACACACUGUCUUUCACAGGUCAUAGACAUUUGCAUUUAUCCUAACGCACAGUAAAAAGUUUGCCAAUGAGCUUCACCUUUCUCAUCUCACCAACACUGUAUAAGGUGUUAUAAAGUUAGAAAUGAGGGUAGGUGCUAUAUGUUUUACCGGGUUGUAUACCAAUGUACUUGGCCUUCUCAGUUGUGCCAAAACUUGUACAGAGUCUCCAUACCUCUGAUGUCAAGCAAGACAUUUUUACCUAUGUCUCGUGUAUCAAAGAUGUUCAGUUUUUUGUGAUAAAUUAAUUUAUUUUGUUGAUAUCUAUUGUUUUAUGUGACAAACCGACACUGCAUUUUGUCUUACACCUGACCAGUUUUGAGAGAAUUAAUUUCUCUCCACAUUGUCACAACUUCGUUACCACUGUCUUAUUUUCUUUUUUCUUUUUUGUAAAGUUGUAUUAAGUUAUAGAUAAUUGUAGCUGGGAAAUAUGGUGUUUUUGUACAGGAAACUGGACCUUUUUAAAUAAAUCUCAAAUUUUCCUAAUUUCCCUCAAAAGUGCUUGAAACUUACUGUGAUGGAAAUUCAAAACAGCUUGGAACAAUUAUCCAUCGUUUAGAUCAAUACUUGGAGUUGACCGCCAAACCAAACUUAGGGCUUCAUUUAAUGUGCAAACAGUGGCCUCUAGUGACGAUUGUACUCAUGUACAAUAUCAGUGAUAAUCCUAAUGUUUUACAACAUUUUUCAGGAAACAGAAUAUAUUACAUUAUAACUGCUCUGGGAUCUUCAUUGUCUUCCUGUUUUUAUGUCAGUUUGUAACAUGGUUAUGGACAAAGGUGAGAUAAGUGUCCUUAUAGAAAGACAUUAAGUCAUGUAUUGCACUGAGGUACUUUGUGUACCUGUAAACACAUCCUUGAAUGAUGUGAGUCAAAUGAAAAAAGUAUUUCAAAUUCUAAAACUUGAAUUUGGUAGAUAAUAGUUUCAAUGUCUUGGCUAAGGAGGGACUUGCCAGGGUCGUCCUUUGAGACAGAUAGAAUGAUUAUUUAAUAGUCUUCAAAAUCUGUGAAUGAACAAAGUAUUGACUGAAUUGUAAAUUUUACUUCAAAUCUGUGCCACAGUCCACAGUCUGUCUGAGGUUUCCAUGUGUUCCAAUGUGUUCCACUUGUUAGCUAUAUAUAGGCCUAAAUGUUUAAUAUAGUGUAUAUGUAAUACCUGCACUCUGUGUUUGGGUAAUUUGUUCAACAUUUUUUCUUAUUCAAACCAUCUGAGACCACACCUUUGGGAGGCUGAGCUUAACCAAGACUGGAAAAAAUUGUUUAUAUCUAAAUGUUGGUAAACAAAUAAGUUUGUUGGCAAAUGAGACUCACUGAUAUGUGAUAUCAUAGUCCAUUUUAAAGUAAUUUUUACACUUAUGUCCACUUUAUUAUACCAUGAUAAAAUAAUGUUAGCUUUAUAAGAGAAGCAAUAACUGUUCAUUGAAAGUCAUUUUAUCUGUCAAUAAAAUCAAUAAUCUU